GCAUGCGCAGAGCCCAGCGAGCACUCACGGCGCAUGCGCAGGCAGGGUGCUCAGGCUUGUCACAUGAUCCAGCAGAAAUCUAACAUGGCGGCCCCCAUGUUGGGCAGGAAUCCAUCUUCUGACCCAGAAGAGGCAGAGAUUAUAGGUUACCAGGACACGUCACAGCAAGAAUUACACAGCAAUAAGUUUUCCACAGAUAUCGAGUCAGGCGUCCUGGAAACACUUCCCGGGGGCUGGAAAAAAAUAAUAACACAGAGACGAACGGGGAAAACGGCAGGAAAAUAUGACCUGUUAUUUGUAAGCCCUCAAGGAACCAAGCUUAGAUCAAAAUGUGCUCUUAAAAAAUAUUUGCGUUCCAAUCAUGUCAAGAUAAAACUUGAAGAAUUCGAUUUUUUAGUUCCUUCUCGGAGGCCAUUAAUAAAGCACGAAAGGAAUAUGGCAGGCGAGGAAAUAGAAACCGCAGGCAACAAGGAGGUUCAAGGAGACAGACCGAUGUCCAUCACAUGUCUGCCAGGAAAACUCAAGGUAGAGGCUUUAAAUAAUACUGUUAUGAUACAAAAUACAGAAGAGAAUAUAUUUCCUGUGGAUGAAAAAGAAAAGAAUGUUGUUGUAAAGAAAGAUGUUGGCAGGAAAAGAAUGAGAAGUCACAGACGGAUGUCUGAUAGGGAUCUGAAAGAUGCGGACAGAGUUCUAAAGCCAAGAAAGUAUAAUUCUCCUAAACAAGGGGUGCAGAUUAAAUGGAGAAAGAACAAUAAAAGGACCAGUAUAAGGGAAAAGUCCAAAGAAGAGGAAUCCCAUGAACCAGACGUGGUAGUCAGUUCUUUGUUACCAAUCCUAAGCCAAGUGCUUGCCUGUAAUAAGACAGAUGACACUGCGGACGCUUAUGAGACAGUACUGGCACCCACAGGUGAUCCGACAGAUUUGUGUCCUUCCCAGCAGCUGCUUGACACUGAGACGAAGGAAGCAGCAAGUGAUCACCAUCAGGAGGACAAUGACGCUCAAGAUGGAGAUUCCAUCCCAAGGUCACAAGCGGAGAAGAGAAAAACCAGCCACUAUUUCUCCAAAAAUGCCACCAAGGAAGCUCUGGAACCACCUAGAAGAAAAGCUUUCUCCAAGUGGACCCCUCCUCGUUCUCCUUUCAAUUUAGUCCAGGAAACACUGUUUCAUGAUCCAUGGAAACUUCUCCUAGCAACCAUUUUCCUGAACAAGACCUCAGGGAAAAUGGCGAUACCGGCCCUGUGGCGGUUCCUGGAGAGAUACCCGAACGCCGAGGUGGCCAGAGUUGCCGCAUGGGAGGAGAUGUCGGAGCUUUUGCAGCCGCUGGGGCUCUAUAAACUUAGAGCAAAGACCAUUGUCAGGUUUUCAGAUGAGUAUCUCACAAAGAAAUGGCGCUAUCCUAUUGAGCUUCAUGGAAUCGGAAAGUACGGCAAUGAUUCCUAUCGCAUCUUCUGUGUGAAUGAGUGGAAGAAGGUGCAGCCAGAAGACCAUAAGCUGAAUGAGUACCACGCCUGGUUAUGGGAGAACAAGGAACAGCUCGGCUUGGACUAAUCAACUUGUCCCAUUUGUUGCUUUUAUUGUCAUUUUACUGCGUCUUAUCAUGUUGUCUUUGUACAUAAAUUAUCACAUGACCUGGAUUUUCUAUGCACGUUUUUAUGUUUAUGGAUUUUUAUAAGAUAAACUGUAAA